GUUCUGAGGUUUGGUUCCAUUGGCCCUUCUCUUGGACUGCCUUCCAAGUUCCCAGUUUGCACACAGCCUUCUGGUACCAGAGGCUCAGGACAGGCCUGGGGAGCCUAGCUUCUCUCUUCUACCAGUCCCGGCCACCAGGGCCAUGGAGCAAUGGAUCUUCUCCUGAGGAGUCCUAGCUCUACGCAGACCCCACCUGAAGGACAAGCAGACAGACACCCAGCUUCCGGUUCUCGAACCAGCGGCCUCUGAACCACCUCUGCUUCCUACCGGGUAAGUCUGCGUGGAGGGAGGGCAGCGGGCACCUGGAAAGGCAGAGCUCUGGGGACAGCCGGCCAGGACCCACCAGCGGCCCCCCUGCCCUGAGGGCCUUGUGAGAGCCUGGACGCGCAAAGCGGGGGAGAGCAGCCCCGGGAGGCCAUGGGCCUCAGGGUCCACUGGGAAGAGGCAGAAGAGACAUGGUGCUGAGGCACUGUCUGUAUUCCGUGCUAUCCCUCUGGGAGUCCAUUGCCUUGUGGAAAGCCAAGUCAGAGGCCCUUCUUUCUUUGGUUUUUUUUUUUUUUUUUUUAACGUUAAAUUAUUUUUGAGAGACAGAACGUGAGUGGGGCAGGGGGAGGGCAGAGAGAGAGGGAGACACAGAAUCUGAAGCAGGCUCCGGGCUCUGAGCUGUCGGCACAGAGCCUGACGUGGGGCUCGAACUCACAGACUACUCCCGGAGCAUGACCUGAGCUGAAGUCGCAUGCUUAACGGACUGAGCCACCCAGGUGCCCCUCAGAAGCCCUUCUUCACAUCCUCAUAAGAGUCUUAGUGGCCCCUUCUUUUUUGGACCCUCCCGAGAUGCAAAGAGAGUUUUAGGAGAUGGAAAAAGGAAAGAGGAGAAGGGAGCUAGAAACACAUAUUGAACAGUUGUGUAAGUUUGGGACACUUUGGGUAGACACGGGGUAUGGGGUCUCUGGCCUCUGAGAUAGCCACACAACAAGCAGGACUGUGACAGAUCUCCAGAAGAGUCCUGUGAGGGAGACAGCCAGCCGACAGGGGCCACGGAGGGCAGGGCUUCAGGAGGGAAUGGCCUCCAGGGGCCCUGCUGACCCAGCAUUGGCUUCAUCCUUAGGGUAAUACCCAGAGAGUCUCAGAACGUGAAACACAGACCAGCUUUGUCAAAAUCACUCAGGGAAGUGUCUAUGAAAAUAGCCUGCCUCCCUGCCUCAGAACCCAAAGGAACAGUCAUGAAUCUCCCUCCACCUUGUCCCAUCUUUAGCCACACUCCCCACAGACCACAGCGCACCCGGCCAACCCAAGGAACAGGGGGUGAAGACAUGGUUUCUGCUAUCUUAUUGUAACUGAGCAGCGUUUCCUGUGCCCCAAGCUUCAUUAGCACAUUGGUGGUGUCAUUUCCUGUGACGACUCUCUGUUUCCAUUCUGGCAAAAUGUUUGCUCUUUUCUGUCUGCUUUGAGGGUUGGGGGAGGAUGGGCUUCUCACAGAGCCUCUCUCUCGGGCCUCUUGGCAGUUCCCCCCUCCUUGCCCCUCAUACUUCCACCAGAAGGCAGAGAGCGUAGCGUCUCCCUGAGCCACGUCGCUUGGGGGACACCAUACCCGGCUGAGCUCUCGCCUCCGGCACUGUAACCACAUCCAGGUAGAAGCGAACCUGUUGUUUUUGUAUUCGGGGUCAACGCAGCCUGACAGUUGCAAGGUAGAUACAAGGUAGAAAGUUGGCGGGGGGGAAAGAAAGUUCUAGAAAGACUGGAAAACAUGGGGAUGGGGAGGGUGUCCAUCGUUCUUAUCUACUUAAAAAAGUGGUCAUGAUGAUAUGUAAAACACAAACCAAUUUUGCCUUUUCUCCUGGGGGUCGACAACUUGGGAAGAUCCAGAAGUGGCAACAUGCACUAGCUGAUGAGAAUUAAGAGAAGGCUUAGAAGGAGAAGCUGAAGCCAGAGAGGUUCCCAUGGAAAUGGAUAUGAUCACCCCAACCCUUUCAGAAAUCAGAGGGGGGACCUCGGAGGCCAGGACUCUGCAGGAAACUGGUGGCAGCCUGGACAGGUGAAUAGGAGCAUUGAUGGGGAAUGAAUUCAUAAAGCUGUCAGAACUCGGAAUCCCCCCAGAAAUCAUCACUUCUAUAUUCCUUCGUGUUUAUUAAUUUACGCACUCAUUCAACAAAUAUUCAUCAUGUCCUUACUAAGUAUCAGGCACUGUUCCAGGCACCAGAUAAACAGGAUAGACAAGUCCACGGCCUCCUGGAGCUUACAGUCACGUGGAAAAGUCAGAUCUUAACGGAUAAACAAAUCGAUAUGUAAUAUAAUGCCAGUCAGCCUUAAGUCUGAAAAACAAGAGCAGAGUUAAGGGGACCAAGAGUAAUAGAGUGUGGACUGGGAGGGCCUGUCUGAACAGGUGACAUUUCAGAAGAGACCUGAGUGAAAUGAUGGACCGAGCUACGCAGACACCUGGGAGAGGGCCCUGUAGGUCGGAGGCAGGACUACGCUUUGCACGGACGAGGAAGAGCCUCGAAUCCUAGCUGUCAAAGUCAGAUGGAAAGUGGCAGGAAACGAGGUCAGAAGACAGACAGAGGCCAGCACGUAAGGUGCCAGGAUGUCUUCACUGGGUAGGGACUGUGGCUGUCUUCCCAAGUGUGAUGGGAAAUUAUGCAGGUCACAAGAACAUGGGGGACGUGAUCUGGUUUACUGUCAGGAGGACCACACUGGCUCGUGCGUGAAGAUAAUAUGCCGGGGUCAAGAGGGAAAGCCAGGCGUCGCAUGCGGGAGGGUGCUACAAACCUCCACAUGGACCGAGCGUUGGCAGUGGAGGAGCAAAAGGUGACUGGGUUUGGGAAAGAUGCCCAGGAUGGAGCAGACGGAAUCUGCUGCUUGACCGGAAGUGAGGUGUGCACGAGAAGGAGCGCUCAAGGACGGCUCCAAGGUUUCCGACUGAGCCACUAGAUGAUGGGAGACACCACAGGAGAAGCAGGCUUAUGAGAGAAGAACAGGCAUUCUGUUUGAGGCCUAUUUGGCUGGAGACGUCCACUGGGGAGCCUGGCGGAAAUGUCCAGUGUAAAUUGGACAUAAAGACCACAGCAGUGCCAUCUUUUCUGGGUUCGCGGGCUUCCUCGCCAUCCUCCUGACCACCAUGAUUUUCUACGGCCUGUGGAACUGGAAUAAAUUGAAGAAGCGACAAGUUCCUUACUUCCGAGUUACCAUCAUGCCCUUACUGACUCUGUCUCGACCCAGACAAGGAGCCAAAAAUAUUUAUGACUCCUUGCCCCAGAGGCAAGAAGACCUGGGGAGACGUCAGUCAAGGAGUAACCGUAUUUUCAGUACCGAGAGCCUCCUCUCCAGACAUUCUGAGAGCCCUCCUUCUGAGCAUGUGCCCUCCCAAGCAGGCAAUGUCCUCUGGGUGCACAGAGACCAUUAUCCUGCCAACGGCUAUGCAGUGGGCAUCUAUGACAAUGCCACAGGGCUCCAGAUGCGUGGGGACCUCACUCCCUCAGCACACUAUGUCAAUGUCACAGCAGCCAGAGACUGCCUGAGCAUUUCUUCAGAGGAUUCCAGAGAUUACAUCAAUGUCCCCACGGCGGGACAGAUUGCUGAGACUCUUCUCGCUUCUGCCAACACCACCCCCACGAACAGUUUUGCCCCCCCAAAUGCUCAGAAGCUGGAGCUUACUGAGGAAAGAGAGCAGGGCUGUGGGAAUGCCAGUGACCACACCAGUUUUUGGUCUCCAAGGUCUGAGAGCGAUGACCCACUCAGCGAUGAGGAAAGUUCUUCUGAGACCUCAAAUGACUAUGUCAACAUGGCAGGGUUGAAUCUUGAGGCCAUCCACGGGAAGCAGCCCUGGAUGGUUUCUCGGUGCUACAGAGAUUAUGAAAAUGUCCCAUCGGCACAUGCCAGUGGAAAGCAGCAGCGGGCGGAGGAAGAAGUGACAUCCUCAAACACAGACCAUGUCGAAGGCAGGACAGGUGGUCCAGGGACCCACGUCCAAUUUGUCAUGCAGUCAGGGAGGUUCCUGGCUCUAGGGGAUUAUGUGACCUAUCCGCCAUCUGCACAGAAGGAGACUAGUCAGAUGAAACAUGGAGAAGAGAUGUCAAAUGAGGCCUCUGAUGACUACGAGGAUGUGUUAGCUGCCAACUUCGGAGAUGUGGACCCCAAGGGGCCAGACGCAUAGCUCCUUCCUGAAGAAUUAGGCCCCAGGCACCCAGCUGGAGAGCUAUGGGGUGCCAGAUCCACAGCCACCACAGGGUCUAGUACAGACCCUUGAACAUCCUUGUAUUUCAGUGGGUUCGCUCAGGUAGAGUAGUACAAAGAGGCCGAGAUACACAGGAGUUAAGGAAGUCACAAAAGCCAAGGUCUGGGAAAGCCAGAAAGGAAUUCUUCUGAAGCGGGGUGCUGUUAUCUCUCAUACCAACCUAAGAAUGUUUGCUGAAACUGCCUUAUAGGAUGGUUAGCAGAUUAAAAAUACGAGAGUACUUUAGUGCACAGUGGAAACGUGAAGUAGCCUCAAAGCAUUACCUUCACAAAUACCAGCAGGCUGCAAAGCAAGAAUGCAGAUUCGUCUGUAAUCCAGGCAGAGGCCAAAAAGAAGGGACAAGUCAGAGUUGGGGUGGGGCAGCAGCUGCCACUUGAAAAAGAGUGUGGACAACCAAAUGCUAGAGAAAGAUGUGGAACACCGGGAAUUGUCAUUCAUUGCAAAGUACAGUAUCCACUUUGGAAAGCGAUUGGAUAGUUUCUUAAAAGCACGCGUGUAUUAUACAACCCAGCCAUUCCACUACUAGGCGUUUACCCAAGAGAAUUGAAAAUUUGUGUUCAUGCAAAAGCCCAUACGUGACUAGUUAUAGCAGCUUUAUUCAUAAUGCCAAAACUAGAAAUAACUCAGAUGCCCUUCAACAGGUAAAUGGAAAAACAAACUGUGGUAUAUCCACACAACGAGGUUGUCUAUACUCAACAGGAAAAAGGAAUGAACUAUUGGUUCAUGUGACAACAAGGACAAAUCGUAAGUGCAUUUGGCUAAGUGAAAGAUGCUAGACCUAAAAAUCUACGUAUUGUAUGAUUCCAUUUCUAUGGCCUUCUGGAAAAGGCAAAACUAUAUGGAAGGAAAACAGGUUAGUAGUUGUCAGGUUUGGGGAAAGGAGAGAAGUUUACUAUAAAGGAAUUUUUAGGGUAAUGGGGCUAUUCUGUAUUGGUACUGUGGUGAUGGAUACGUGACUCUAUAAAUUUGUCAAAACACAAAAAAACUAUACAGCCCAACGAGUGACUUUUAUUGUAUGUAAUUUUUUUUUUUUAAUUAACCACGCUGUCAGGGGAAGCCAUGAUGGAAUGCAGAUUAAGACAAAUAAAACCUAACUGUCUUA